AUGAAUUCCCUGAGAAAAGGCUGCUUAACGUUGAAUAGAGUAAGACAUAUAAGAACAGGAAAAUUUAAGGACUUAAUAAAUUAUAACAAUAUUUUAGAGAAAAGGGAUCAAAAUUUUAAAAGAGAAAAAAAUAAAUAUAAUGUAAAGGACGUAAGUAUCUUGGAAUUACUGAGCGUUCAAGAUAUUAAAAGUACACAACCAAAAAAAUAUAAAAAGAAAAAAAUUGAACAUAAUGAUGAUAUAAACAUUAAGCACAGUUAUGACAAGAGAAUAAAUUAUAAUUAUUCCGAAAAGGGAAAUAAUGAGUUUAAGGAUAAGGUAGUAAAAAGUGAUACGCGUGAUAUGGAAAGUUUUAACACAUUAGAAGCAAAUUAUAAUAGCAAACAUGUGAACAGAAGUAGCGGAAUCAGGAUUGGAUAUGAAAGAAAACCAAAAGACGAUGAAAAGGUAUUUAAAAAUAAGGAAGGAAAAAAUAGUAAUGAUAAUAUAAGAGCAUUUAAUUCAAAUCUAGGUAGGUCUAAUGGAAAACACAGGGAUUAUUGGAUCCGAAAUAUGGGUGUAGAGAAGAGACAGUGGCUUAAAAAAUACAUUUGCCUGACCAGUUUUACAAUUACCAAUAGUUAUAUAAAUAAGAAGUAUCAUAUUGAUAUAAAAAAGAAAAAACAAAAGGAAAAGGGAAAGGAAAAAGAAAUGAUGGAAAAUGGUUAUUCAAUUUUUGAAAGAAGGUCUUUGCAGCUUCUAGAUGAGCUUAAAAGGAAAGGCCAAAAGGAAGAAGAAAGAAGAAAAGUAGAAAAAGCUGGAGCGAAAAAUGAAGAAAACGAUGCAGUUAACAAAAACGCGAAAGGUCUGCAAACAGAUUCGGUAGACUACGAAAAUAAGAACAAAAUUAUUAAAAGGAUAUACAAAGCUUCAAUAAAUCAUGUAAGAGAUGAAAAUUUGUGGAAAAAAUAUGUUCAAAACUCAUUUGUUAUUUCUUCAUAUUUAGAUGCAAGUGACGUAGCAAUUUUAUUUUGGUGUUUUAGUAAAAUAGGGUAUAGAGAUAAUAGAUUAAUAAACCUAUUAAGUACUAUUAUAUUGAAAAAGAUAAAUGAUUUAAGCUGUUGUGCUAUUGCACUGGUAUUAAAUAGUUUUAAAAAAUUAGAAAUAAAAAAAUAUGAUACUAUUGAAUUAUUAACAAAUCAAUUUUGCUUUCAUAUAUCUAAAUGGACAUUUCAAGAUAUAGCAUUGGUGGCUAAUUCUUUAGCUUUUUUUUAUAUAUAUCAUAAAACGUUUUGGAAAAAAUGUAUUUUAAAAUUACAAAAUAAUUUUUGUUUUUCACAUCCCUUACAUUUAUGUCUAAUUGUAUCUUCUCUAGCACGACUAGAUAUUAGAGAAGGUAAUGUGCUCCUAUGUUUGAGUAGAUCAGCCAAGAGGUUAGCAAAAGAAUGUACACCAAAUAAUUUAUCUUUAAUUAUUCAUUCUUUUGCAAAAUUAAAAUUUCAUCAUCCAAAAUUUUAUAAUUAUUUGUAUAUAUUUGUUCAUAAGUAUUUGGAUGAGCAGUUGUUAUCGUGUAACUAUUGUGAAUAUACCACAUUAAAUAAAUCUUCUACAGGAGAAGAUUUAAAAAAAUACAGAAAUUCAAAUCCUGAUGGAUUAUUAUCAAUUCAGCAAGAUAUACAUAAUUUAAAUAUCGUACACGAUAAUUACACAAAUGUAGGGGGUAUCCAUAAUAGUACGGAACCUGAUCAUCUCGUCUGUAAUGAAGAAGAAGGUAAUAGCAGUAUUAUAAAUGAUCAUAAGAAGACAUAUUUUAAUAGACAGCAUACAGAGGAUACGAGAGUAAACAUUAAAGAAGGAAAAAUAUUAGUUACUUCCACAGAUGAAUAUGAUGGGAAAGAAAUGAGUUGUAGAAAAAUAAAGGAGGAAAAAAUAAGAAAUGUUUUUAUAAAUAAUACUAACAGCAGCAAUAAUAUAAAUGAAAGAACUAAGUCAUCAUUACAUGUGACCUAUAAAAAUAAAUUUUUCGAUCUACAGUCUUUAGUAUUACUACUCUUCUCAUGCACUUGUUUAAUCUCUUGUACAGAGCAAAUGAUUUUGAAACUAACUUAUUUAAUAAUGCCUCAUAAAGAACACUUAGGAAAUCAUAAAAUUGAAAAAUUAAAAUACGUGAGUGAUUAUUUACAGUAUGCUUUUCCAUCAACAUUUGAAAAAUUUUCCAGGGAUAUAAAAGAUUUCUAUCAUUAUAUUGAUACUUAUGAUAUAACAAAAAAAAAAUCAAAAUAUUGCGCAAGAUGGAUUAGUGAGUUAUCAAGAAUCUUAGGAAAAAUAAAUGUAAAUCAUUUGAAAAAUGUUUAUAUUAACAAUAUAUGUGUUGAUAUCAUGUUAACAGAAGCAAAUGUUAUUAUUCAGUGUUUAGGUCCUUAUAGCUAUUAUAUUAAUUCGCUAGUUAGUACAUCCAUAUGUGAUUUGAAAAAAUAUAUUCUCCAAAAAAAAAAAUACAAUGUUGUUCCUUUAAGUUACCAUGAUUGGAAUAAGUUAAAUGACUACGAGGAAAAAAUUCAUUUUCUCUAUGCUUUUGGCCGAAACGCGGCAAGCUGCCUUUUUCUUAGCUCUAAUAAGGAAAAACUAAGCACAGAACAAGUGCGCAUGGUUAGUAGUGUGGAUAUUACGGAUACUACAAAUGCUGAUGAUACAGCGGAUACUACAAAUGCUGAUGAUACAGCGGAUAUUACAAAUGCUGAUGAUACAGCGGAUAUUACAAAUGCUGAUGAUACAGCGGAUAUUACAAAUGCUGAUGAUACAGCGGAUAUUACAAAUGCUGAUGAUACAGCGGAUACUACAAAUUCGAUGAAUGGCGUAUCAUUUACAACGGUGGGAGGAAAAACUUUACACAGUGAAAAUUGCAGGAGUAGGCAAAAUGACGAAUAUAACAAGAAAAUAGACAAUUCUUUGGAAUUUGGAAAAGAGUUUAAAAACUCAACAGAUCGAAUGGAUAUUCACAAAAAUUACUCUUCUGAUGAAGACAGUGAAAUAAUUGAUUUUAUAAAAAGAAGUGGGGAUACGAAUGCAGAGAGGGACCAUACAAAUGCGGAUUAUGAUGACAUAGGGCGCAUUAAAAAAUACUUGAAGGGUGAAAAACAAUAA